AAGGAAGAAACUUAAUAACACCAUGUGCCUCCCAAGUAUCUCCGGCAUUCCGGAUAAACACUGGCAACCACCUUUCGUCACUUUCGAAACUACGAUGGGUGAGAUAACGGUCGAGCUAUAUUGGAAACACGCUCCCAUCACAUGUAGAAACUUCGCCGAGCUCACACGACGCGGAUAUUACAAUGGCACCAAAUUUCACAGGGUCAUCCGUGACUUUAUGAUUCAAGGUGGAGAUCCUACAGGAACUGGGAAAGGUGGAAUGUCGAUAUAUGGCGAAUGUUUCGAUGACGAGAUACACGAUGAUUUGAAACACACAGGUGCUGGAGUAAUAUCAAUGGCAAAUACAGGGCCAGAUACAAAUGGAUCACAGUUUUUCAUUACACUUGCGCCUACCCAAUGGCUUGAUGGGAAACAUACUAUAUUUGGUCGAGUUUAUUCUGGUAUGGCGAUAGUGAAAAGAAUCGGGCUAGUUGAAACUGAUAAGAACGAUCGCCCAGUAGAUGAUGUCAAAAUUGUAAAAGGUUCUGUGAAAAACACGUAAUUCUUACAAGAGAACAAUCUUCGCGAGAUGUGAAUUGUACUUUGUAUAUUUUUUUUAAAUAUAUAUUAGAAAAAAAUAAUGUGA